GUUUACAGGCAGAGCAGAGUGUGUAAAUAACACACUCCGGGUCUCUCUCUCUCUCUCUCUCUCUCUCUCUCUUUCUCAACAAAAACCUGGUGGGUCGCCCGAACCAGGUCGUGUUUGUCCUGAUCCACAGCAGUCCAGCAUGGCCUGGACGAAGUACCAGCUGUUCCUUGCGGGACUUAUGCUGACAACUGGAUCUCUGAACACUUUAUCGGCGAAAUGGGCUGAUCUGUUCUCAGCGAAGGGUUGCCACGAUGUCCCUGAACAUAACUUCUCUCACCCAUUUGUGCAGGCGGUCGGGAUGUUUCUGGGUGAGCUGAGUUGUCUUGCCGUCUUCUACAUCUUACUCUGCCAUGACAGACGUAGUCCAGAACCUCGGAUUAACCCAGGCGAGAGCUUCAACCCUUUACUCUUCUUCCCGCCUGCCAUGUGCGACAUGACAGCCACCUCCAUCAUGUAUGUUGCUCUCAACAUGACCAGCGCCUCCAGUUUCCAGAUGUUGCGCGGUGCCGUCAUCAUCUUCACCGGUCUGCUCUCCGUGGCGUUCCUGGGGCGACGCCUGCUCCCCAGUCAGUGGCUCGGCAUCUUCGUCACCAUCCUGGGCCUGGUGAUAGUCGGCCUCGCCGACUUCUUCAGCGGACACAAAGACGACUCGCACAAACUCAGUGACAUCGUCACAGGAGACCUUCUGAUCAUCAUGGCUCAGAUCAUUGUUUCAGUGCAGAUGGUCCUGGAGGAAAAGUUUGUUUACAGGCACAACAUCCAUCCUCUUAAGGCUGUCGGUACCGAAGGUUUCUUUGGGUUCUUCGUCCUGUCGCUACUCCUCAUCCCGAUGUAUUUCAUCCCCGUUGGCGACUUCGCCGACAACCCUCGCCACGUCCUGGAGGAUGCGCUGGACGCCUUCUGUCAGAUCGGCCACAAGCCUCUAAUCCUGCUGGCUCUGCUCGGCAACACCGUCAGCAUCGCCUUCUUCAACUUCGCCGGGAUCAGCGUCACGAAAGAGAUCAGCGCCACCACCCGCAUGGUGCUGGACAGCCUGCGUACGCUGGUCAUCUGGGUCGUAAGCCUGGCGCUGGGUUGGGAGCAGUUUCACGGCCUGCAGGUGCUGGGCUUCCUGGUUCUGCUGCUGGGUACAGGGCUCUAUAACGGACUGCACCGCCCCGUGAUGGCACGGAUACCGUGCUGCGCCGGGAUGUUGGACACAGAGGAGGAGCAGAACAGCCCGGAAGAAAGAGAGAGACUGCUGGGUGACGGCAAGGUGCAGACCGGUGACGAAAGCUAAAACUUAACAGACGACUGGACUGUCUGUCAGACACUCUGCACCGCUUAUGUCCCAGAUUUUAACUGACCUCACUCAGUGUUUUACGGUGUGGGAGUGUGCAAGCUCUUUUAAAGGAAAAGCUUUCAGGGUUCGUUGUAUCAUUCUGACGCAAAAAAACAAGUCUUUUUAUUGUCCCCUUAUAUAUAUAGUUUCUUUUUACUUGAACUGACUUAGUGCUAAUUCACUAAAGCACACGUUUAUGAAGAUUACACAAAGUCACACAAGAUGAAAAUGUACGUAUUACACCCUGAAGUUUUAAGCAGACGUCACGUUUAUUCUGACGAUGAUUUUAGUAUCUGUUCCAGUGCAAAGUUUGUGUAUCAUAAUCGGUUUUUAAGAAGAGGCUUUUUAUUUUGUAAGUGUUGCCGACUGUGCAGCUGUGAUUGUGCCAAAGUGUUCUACUUUACAAAGUGUUUUAUACUUUGUAAUCAUUUUUGCAGAUUUACUUGCAUUUUCUUAAUCAGUUGAAUCUCAUUUUAAGCUGUUUUUAUUUUUUACUGUCUGUAUAUUUGCUCUCUGAUUCGUCAGAGCUCCAGCACCAAGUGAUUUGCACUGAAUCCCACUUCUCCUUCUCUUGUUCUCGUUUAGUAGUUUUAAGGUGUUGGGUGUAACGCACAAGAACACAAAAAGGGAACUCAUUAAAUCACAGUUGCUGAACGGUCUAA